AUGAAGUCUCCUCUCUACAUCUUGACUUUCCUGCUCCCCCUGGCGACUGAGCUGGUUUCAGCUUCUCCGACCGCGGAGCCUGAUUUCGAUGCUCUUGAGAUGAGGGCCGGAGGUGGAGGCGGUAGUGGUGGUGGUAGUGGUGGUGGAGGAAGUGGUGGAGGAAGUGGUGGAGGUGGUGGAGGUAGUGGUGGUGGUGGUGGUGGUGGUGGAAGUGGUGGAGGUAAAAAUCCCUGUCGUAUUGAUCACAAUUACUGGUACUGGAGGUACCCGUGUGACCAGAGCGACAGAACUACCGAGGCACAUUCGGGUGACAAGUUCUCUGCAUCCUGCUGGUACAAAAAUUGGUAUAAGACCGACAAGGGAUGGGCCCAUAACUUCGACAAGCCUUCGAAAUGCCGUAUGUUUCUCUUAUGCCGCUCACUAAAGCCUUUUCUAACUUAUGCCAAAGACGGAGACUGGGAGAAGAGACGCUGCUAG